GCAUCCAGUUGCACCAUGAGAGCUGUGUCGUUCGGAUCGUGGCUCUGGCUGGGAUUGGGUUUGCUUUUCAUCAGCAGCGAUUUCAGCGUAGUUUUUGCCAAGAGGUUCCUGCGCUGCGAACUAGCCCGCAAACUGCUCAACCAGCAUGGCUUCGAACGAAGUCUGCUUUCAAAUUGGAUCUGCUUGCUGGAGCAUGAGAGCGACCUGGAGACUGGAAAAAUUACCACGAAUGUGAAUGGAUCUCGAAACUACGGGUUGUUUCAAAUCAACAGUAGAUUUUGUCAAGAAGGAAGGCGCGGUGGCAUUUGCAAUGUCAAGUGCGAAGAUCUUCUGGAUGAAAAUUUAACGGAAUCAGCAACUUGUGCCAAGCGCAUUCAGACCUCAGAUGGUUUUCGUCACUGGGGUGGAUGGCAACGCUACUGCCGCAACACCCAGAAUUUGCCUAAUCUUAAAGUCAUCUGUGGGAUUUGAUUUAAUAGGUUUAUAAAUUUAGUUUUAUAACUAAAUAAUAUAAUCGGACGGCAGUAAAACUAUACACCUGUAAUACAUACAACUGCAAAAAAAAAAGAUAAUAAAAUAUUAAAAAUAUUUUUCGCCAGGGUA